CGUCAAAGUAUUCCCGUGAUGCCCCCACGGAAGGGUCAUCAGCCGCUGCACACCCUUUACCCUGCAUCGCCGUAUCUUCAGGGCCGGGUACCUGGAAAGUCCCAUGCUGCACGAGGCCCAUUAAUGAUUAUACCGUAGGCUCCCGCUGUUCAUGGGUCAUCCACAGGACUUGCUCUCCAAACCUUGAGUAUACCCUCAUGCGACAUGGCUCCCAACGUCGGCCUUGGUACUCAAGGCUCAGUUGAGCGUGGAUGGGGCCUCUGGCUCACCAGCGUCUUAGCCGUCAUUGUCGCGGGUCUCUUUGUCGCCGCACGCCUUGCACAGCGAUUGAUCAAGCGAAGUGGUCUAGGAAUGGACGACUAUAUGAUCGUCGCGGCCUUGAUAUCAUCGGUCGUGCUCUCUGUAACAGAAUGUCAAGCGGUAGUCUAUGGCUACGGAAGACCAUGGAAAUCCUUACCCGCCGAUUCCCGCAUCAUCGCUCGCCAAUGGUUCUACGGAGCAAACAUCGUCUACAAAGUCGUUCUGAUGUUCAACAAGAUCUCUGUAGUGUGUCUAUACUACCGAAUCUUUGCCAUAACUACCAAGUCUUUCCGUAUUGCUUGUCACAUCAUGAACGCUUGGAUCAUCAUCACCGGCUUCGCAUUCACCAUCGCGACCGUGUUUCAAUGCACACCAAUCGCGGCCUUCUGGGACAGGACUAUACCUGGUGCCCGGUGUUUUAAAAAUGAACCCUGGUGGAUCUCCUAUGCGACGGUUCAAAUCACGACCGACUUUAUGCUACUUGCGAUGCCUUUUCGGCAGAUCUUGAGUCUUUCUAUGGGACGAGCUGAAAAGUUGGGCGUGGCGCUUGUAUUUGGCACUGGAGGCUUUGUCACUUUCGCGUCUAUAUAUCGUGCCACCACAAUCGCACGAUCCGCAAACAACCCCGAUCCAACCUGGGGUCCUGUACCCGCGACAAUAUGGUCGGUGAUAGAAGCAAAUGCGGGUAUCGUAUGUGCUUGCCUUCCUAUGCUGCGCGCUCCCUUCGUUCGCUUUUUCGGGCCACUUUUCGGCUCAGGCAUGGGUACCAAGAACACUACGAAGCGUCAAUCAUAUCCCAUGGGCUGGAAGAGCAACCAUGGGCCGGCUGGAACCGGCAACAGGAGCAAUGUGUCUGGCAAAAGUGCCUCUGAGCGAGAGAGCGAAGAUGAUGCACUGCCAGCAAGUAGGCUGGACGAGCUUGACCGCCGGGGCAGCGGUAUAUUUGUCACGAACGAGUUCAGUAUUGAGCGCAACGAGUUACAAAAGCAAGAGACGGACACAAGGUCGUGCGAUCAAGACGGCGAUACGAACACGGCGGUGAGCGUCAACGAAGAGAAGCCGGGGGGGAAGAGCCCAUUCUACCAUGUUUGAGAUGACCAUGCUACUUGUUCGCGCCCAGCGCGGCAGUAUUAGAGCUGGCUCUGCAUCAGAUACUGCAAAUGCUGUCAAACAGACAGGCUGAGCCUUUUCGCCGACGUGCGCAGCCUGAUCGCCAGCUCUUCCAAUGGAAACAACUUAGUGUGUGUUUUUUUCGG